AAUAAACAAAAAAUAGGACUCUGAUCUCGCCAAUCUGCAAUAGCUCCGUCCGAUAACGACUGAACGAAUUAGUUCAACAAAUUGGUAUUACGAAAACUUUCCACGCUGUUAUUGGUUGAACUGGCACAGUAAAUAUUUGCGCACCUUGCGUCUGCUAAGGUAAAUACUUAAGUAUACUGCACAGCUGCAAAUGCAUAUAAAACACUAGAAUUUAUGCAUUUGCCUGGCAUUCGUACGCAUGUAUGUACAUAAAUAGUUCGAGACAGGUGAACAGGUUUCAUGUUUAAUGCCUGGAAUAUACACAUAUCUCUCUUGUGAAAAUGCUGUUAAAGAUCAGACAUGCGCUACUAGAGAUCACCAAUCAUCCGGUGACAAAGCAAUCAGCAAUUAUUAUCAACAAUGAGAUCAUCAUAACAUCGGGUUGCAUACUGCAACCAUAUGUACGUCCAGUGACACCUUUUCAAACACAGAUCGACAAAGAGGAUGUCUGUCCUAGCACAAAAAUCAUACAUAAAUUACAGCAAUGUAAGCUAAUUAAUGUGCAAGACGGUAGUAGCGACGAGGCGAAACAUUUAAGUGCGCUAAAUUAUCAGGUGACAUUCGAUCGACGUAAAUUACCCAUGUCGAAUGAACGACGAAAGCAACCGCAUAUAUUAACACGUUAUUGUGCCAAGUUAUUGUAUCUCUUCAACUCAGCGGAGAUUUCGCGACACGUAUUGCGCUUCCUGAGCAAUGAACGUACAAGUGGUACAUCCCAAGCGCAUAAUGCAGUGCUGCUUUCGAGUUUUCUUGUAUUAAGCAUGCGUUGUGACGGUGUUAAAGAGAAUUUCGAACGUUUCCUACGACAUAUUGAACACUAUCUACGCUAUUUGCAGCCAAUACACACACUGGACGAUGUGCUGGUGAUGUGUACACCAUUCGGGCUGGAAAAUUUCUAUAAAACAAUUAGCAUUGGCAAAGUGUCGAAUGUUAUGGGGCGCGAUGGUUGCCUCUUUGUACUGUCUAAUGCUUUGGCGUUAGGUUGCGAGGGUGCAGCAGUCUUCAAUAACAAACUGCGUUUAAUAGGCAUGAUAAUGUGCACUUCCUUUCAGCGACAGCAAGAAAAUGUCAAUUUAACCUUGGCGGCCAACUUUGCGUUCUUACUGCGCGAUUUCAUGCAGCUACUAGGUUUAAAUAUUACUUCAGUGCGUGUACCAAGAGAUUCAUCGAAUUUUCCAUGGGAGCGUGCUAUGGUUGUAAUUGAGGCAGCGGGUAGCCAAGGUACUGGCACAUUUGUUAAAGUGUUGAACAAAAAGUUUAUACUCACUUGCACGCACGUUGUAUUCAAGUUAAACUCGAAGGCAUUUUGUCGCAGCGUAGACGGUGAAUUCGAAUCGGAAGUGCUAUGGCGUAAUCCGCAAUACGAUCAACCCUUUGAUGUUGCUUUGUUAGCAGCACCAGAUAACAUACCCGAGCGUUACUGCGUACGCUUAUCCGGUGCUAAGCCAUCGCUGGGUCAGACAGUUUAUAACGCUGGCUUUCCAUAUUUCGUCAACUUCAAUUUAAAAUACGAUUUCAAUCCAGCCAUAUUUCAAGGACGUAUUAUUAAAUGUUCACCGGGUGCAAUUAUGUCUGAUGGUUGCGUACAGGCUGGUCAAAGUGGUGGACCGAUGUUCGAUGCACAAGGCUGUAUACUGGGUAUAUGUGUGUCGAAUAUAAAAGUUGGAAAUGUGGUCUACCCUAACCUAAAUACCGCUGUGCCUAUUUGCCAGAUACGUACAUGGCUGGAGCAAUAUGCGCGUACGAAUGAUAUAAAAGUGCUUAGUAAUUUGGUAGCUAAUAAGGAAAUGCAGCGCAUAUGGGCGUUGGAAGCGCCACCAAUACUGAGCAAAUUGUAGCCGUAACAAUAGCAUUACUAUGUAUUAUCAUUUGGACAUUAUUACUAUUAAAUUGGGAUAUGUAAAUAAGUAUUUAAUUUAAAACUGAAAAA